AUGGACGAGAAUGACAUUGCAGACUUCACGAUGGACGCGCAAACGCUCGCGACUAACGAGCAGAAUGAGCAGGGGCUGUCAACGCAGGACAUCAAUGCGCUCGACCUCAAUAAGAUCAACGCGGAAACGUUCGAGGUGAUGUCGCGACAGGCCACGGUGAACAUUGGCACCAUUGGCCACGUGGCGCACGGCAAGUCCACCGUUGUGAAGGCGCUGAGCGGCGUCAAGACUCAGAAGUACCACCGGGAGGCGGUGAUGAACAUCACCAUCCACCUCGGGUACGCUAAUGCUAAGGUGUUCAAGUGCGACAAGUGCGAGCUUCCGGCCGCCUUCCACUCCUUUCCCUCGUCGCAGCCGGACAAAACGGACUGUCCAACGUGUGGCUCGCCGAUGACGCUGAAGCGUCAUUUUUCUUUUGUGGACUGCCCUGGCCACGACGUGCUGAUGGCAACGAUGCUUAACGGUGCCGCCAUCAUGGACGCCGCCCUCCUCCUUAUUGCAGCAAACGAGCCGUUCCCGCAGCCGCAGACACUGGAGCACCUGAAGGCGGUGGAGAUUAUGAAACUAGCCAAGCUGGUUAUCUUGCAGAAUAAGAUUGACCUCGUUGGCGAGGUUCACGCGCAGGACCAGUACCACAAGAUCCGUGACUAUAUUGACAGCACUAUUGGCUCUAACAUACCCAUCAUCCCAAUAUCUGCCCAGCUUAAACGCAACAUUGACUAUCUUCUGGAGUACCUGUGCCACAUUCCUCUCCCGACCCGAAAGCUGAACUGCCCCGCCCACAUGACGGUGGUACGCUCCUUCGACAUUAAUAAACCCGGUGAGGAUAACAUUGAGAACCUGCGCGGUGGUGUGGCGGGGGGUACGGUGACGCGGGGCAUCAUUCGCGUGAACCAGCUCUUGGAGAUUCGCCCCGGGCAGGUGCACGCGCAGACGGGUGGAACCUUCAGCUGCACUCCCCUGCGUACACGCGCGUUGACGCUGAAGGCGGAGGACAACUCCCUGCAGUACGCGGUCCCUGGUGGCUUGAUCGCGGUUGGCACCACGCUGGACCCAACGUUGACGCGCCAGGACAAGAUGGUGGGGCACAUGAUUGCCGAUGACGGGUCGCUGCCGGAGGUUUAUGCAGAGAUUGAGGUGCAAUACUUUCUUUUUGAAGAGAUGGUGGGGCGCAGCAAGCAGCGCGACCGUAAUGCAAGACGUGUACAGAAGCUAAACCUGCAGGAGACGCUUCAGAUCAACGUGGGCACGCUCACUGCAGGUGCGACCGUAGUAAACAUCACAAAGAGCCCUGACAUUGCGAAGCUGACUCUAGUGACCCCUGUGUGCUGCACGCUGGACGAGCACAUUGCCAUUUCUCGGCUGGUGGAGAAAAACUUCCGUCUCAUUGGGUGGGGCAUUAUCAAGCGCGGCGCACCGGUAAAGUUAAACUGA